AUGCGUCUGCUCAACUCUAUCAUCUACGGCUACCUCAUAGCUAUUGCUAGUGCGGUCCUGCCCACUGUCCAUCUUGAUUGCAAUCACUAUAUUGGCGUCCCUACUUCCUACGGUAUCACACAAUGGCUCGGGCUACGGUAUGCCGCACCUCCGCUUGAAGCAUUAAGAUUCAGUCCUCCAGCCGAUCCACCAUGUGCCAACCAUAUCCAACCAGCCAACACGCAUGGGAAACAUUGCCUUGGUACGGGUGAGGACCCUGCUACAAACAAGACAUCGGAGGAUUGUCUUUUUCUUGAUGUUUAUGCGCCUACAAACGCAACAGCCCAUUCAAAGCUGCCCGUGUUCUUCCAUAUUCAGGGAGGAGGUUUUAAUACUAACAGCAACCCCGACGUUGAUGGACGUGGCCUGAUUGCUGCCAGCAACUAUUCGAUCGUGGUUGUCAGCAUAAACUACCGCGUUGGGCCAUAUGGCUUCAUCACAGAUGGGACUGCAAUCAGAGCCAACAAUGGCCUGCGAGAUCAGAGGAAGGCACUCGACUGGGUUCAGAAAUGGAUAUCAAAGUUCGGCGGAGAUUCCGGCCAUGUUGUCCUUGGCGGAGAGUCGGCGGGUGCCGCAAGUAUCAGCCUCCAGAUGACCGCCUACGGAGGCAAGGACUUUGGGCUGUUUCAUGCAGCGGCCGCCGAAUCGGUGUCUUUUGCCACGGUUCUUACAGUCAACGAAUCAAAAUAUCAAUAUGAUAACUUCGCAAUCCGCCUUGGUUGUGUUGGACCCAACUCAUUAGACUGCCUUCGCUCCAAGUCUGCCGUCGAAUUACAGGCCGAGAACUACAACCUGCCCUAUCCUGGAGGUAGUGCAUCUCCUUUGUAUAUGUGGAAUCCUGUUAUCGACAACGACCUGCUCUCUGACUACACAUAUAGGGCGUUUGACUCGGGAAAAUUUGUCAAGGUUCCGGUCAUCUUUGGUGACGAUACCAACGGAGGGACAGUUUUUGCACCCAGCAAUACUUCAACACUUGCACAGAGUAAUAUGUGGUUGCGCAACCAGUUCCCGCGCCUGACGCUUGAGCAGCUCGGGCAGAUCGAUGAGUUCUAUCCAAAUCAUAACCAGACCUGCCCAAACAGCGGUUGCUACUGGCGUCAGCUCAGCGACGCGUAUGGCGAAAUGCGUUAUAUGUGUCCUGGUCUAUUCCUCUCGACUGCGUUUACAAAAUACGGCGUACCACAAUCUUGGGCCUACCGCUACAACGUCGAAGAUCCCACCCAGAUGGCACAGGGGUAUGGUGUUCCGCACACGGUUGAGGCGAAUGCUGUUUGGGGCCCGGACAACGUGGCUUCCAAUCCACCGGCGAGUUACUGGCCGAACGGAACAAAUGCGGGAGUAGUCCCAGUUGUCCAAGGUUACUGGACUAGCUUUAUAAGGAGCUUUAAUCCUAAUACGUAUCGCUACCCUGACUCUGCGGAAUGGGUGCCGUGGAACGUGAGGAGCGAGGAAAGACUCGUGUUCCAGACGGCAGGCAAGACAGAAAUGGAGACCGUGGAUGCAGAUUUACUGGCAAGAUGCCGGUACUGGUCGAGCAUCGGCGUCGAUAUUUUGCAGUAG